UCAUAAACGUCGAUUUCAAUUCCAAUUUAAAUUGAUAAAAAAAAUUAAAAACUAGACCGGACACAGUUUUUUUUCCUUUCAGAAGCCACGAUAUAAAAAGGGUUUACGCCAUUACCGAGCUUCGGUCAGAGCAGGACGGGAGUUUCUGCAACACAAAGGAAAAGAUAUAUACGACGUGAGAAACAUGUCAGGAACUCAUGCGAUGGAGUUGCUGCGGUCUCAUUUAUCAAGAGUCAGGAUUCCAGAAGCUUCUAAUCGAAUUUACAAGGAAGAAUGUUGUGUAUCUUUUGACACUCCGAAGUCAGAGGGAGGACUUUUUGUUGACCUCAGUUCAUUUCUUGCAUUUGGGAAAGAGUCAGUGUAUUGGAAUUACAGGAAGACUGGAAAUCCAGUUUACUUGCAUAUCAAGGCAAGAAAAAAACCUGUUAGUGAAGAUAGACCCCACAAGAAGCCUACACUACUGGCAAUAGGUCUAGAAGGUGGCUUUGAAAAUCGAGAGCCAGAGUAUGAGGAGUCUUACAGUAUUGUAAUAUUGCCUGAUUUCGUGACUCUUCCAUUUCCAUCAGUUGAACUGCCAGAAAAGGUUAGGCUAUCGGUUGAUGGUGUAUUGGCAGCUACUGGUGUGGAGCGCAAGGAACAGGUGGCAGCUUGGACGGCUGAUAAAAAGCAAGUUAGUGGUUAUGCCUUGAAUUUGCAACAAAUCGAUAAUGGUGUUAUAAUUCCUCCUUCUAGAUGGAAAUGUGCAAAAUGUGACAAAGUUGACAACUUGUGGCUGAAUCUUACGGAUGGUAUGAUUCUUUGUGGGAGACGGAGUUGGGAUGGAACUGGAGGCAAUGAUCAUGCUGUUCAGCAUUAUAAUGAAACAAGAUACCCUUUAGCAGUAAAGCUUGGUACAAUCACAGCUGAUUUGGAAGCUGCAGAUGUUUACUCUUACCCUGAGGAUGAAGCAGUUGAGGAUCCUUUUUUAGCUCAACAUUUAUCAUUUUUUGGUAUUGAUUUUUCAUCGUUGAAAAAGACGGAGUUAACCACUGCUGAGAGAGAGCUUGAUCAGAACACAAACUUUGAUUGGAAUCGUAUUCAAGAAAGUGGCAAGGAAUCAGAGGCUCUAUUUGGCCCUGGAUGCACAGGACUUAUCAAUCUUGGGAACAGCUGCUACUUGGCAUCUAUCAUGCAAACUGUAUUUUCUACAAGGGAUUUUGUCUCACGUUAUUUUAAAGAUCAAAACCUGAAUGAAGCAUUUGAAAGGGCUCCUGCAGAUCCAACUGUGGAACUGAACAUGCAGCUGGUAAAGCUUGGACAUGGGAUGUUGUCUGGAAAGUACUCCUCUCCAGUACAAGAGGAUAAUGAUGUAGAAAUUUCUGAGAACAUGACUUCAAAACCAAGGCAGGAAGGCAUACCACCUCGCAUGUUUAAGACACUAAUAGGUACUGGACACCCAGAGUUUUCAAGCACCAGACAACAGGAUGCUAUGGAGUUCUUUCUACAUCUGCUUGACAAAGUUGAGCGGAACAGUGCAGGAAACCCUCAACUGGAUCCUUCUCGAUGUUUUAAGUUUUUUGUUGAGGACCGAAUUCUUUGCACAUCUAGGAAAGUUUCAUAUAAUAGAAGAGUUGACAAUGUUCUCUCUCUGAACAUCCCAUUAGAAGCAGUAACUAAUAAGGAAGAGGUAGUGGCAUUUCAGAAGAAGAAAGCUGAAAGGGAGUUAGCUGGAGAAAAAUUAAAAGAUGAUGAAAUUGUUCGCCCAAGGGUACCCUUGUCAGCAUGCCUAGAGAGUUUUGCAGCACCUGAGGAGAUCCAUGGAUUUUAUAGCACUGCAAUGAAGUCUAAGACAACAGCAAUUAAAACUGCUAGAUUGGCAACCUUUCCUGAUUACUUGGUUCUACAUAUGCGCAAGUUUGUCAUGGAGGCUGGCUGGGUGCCUAAAAAACUUGAUGUCUUUAUUGAUGUCCCUGACACAAUAGACAUUAAUCAUUUGCGAAGCAAAGGUCUACAGCCUGGAGAAGAAUUGCUACCAGAAAAUGAUGAUAGUCAGGAUUCAGGUCAGAGAGGGCCUUCAGCUGAUGAGGCUAUUGUAUCACACCUUGCAAGUAUGGGCUUUCCUCGUCUUCAUUGUGAGAAAGCAGCUAUCAACACCUCAAAUGCAGGAGUGGAGGAAGCUAUGAAUUGGUUGCUAUCCCACAUGGAAGAUUCAGAUAUUGAUGCCCCUAUUUUGGAUGGGUCGCAAAAUACUCCAGAUCGUGUUAAUGAAGAAAGUCUAAAUACACUUGUUUCAUUUGGAUUUGAUGUGGAUAUUGCUCGAAAAGCAUUGAGAGCCUCAGGUGGCGAUAUUGAGAGAGCAACUGAAUGGAUAUUUACGCAGCCAGCAGGUACAACUGAAAUGGACAUUAGCUCAAGUGGUAAUGCUUCUUCGUCUGAGCAGGCAUUACCUGAUGGAGAAGGAAAAUACAGGCUUAUGGGAUUUGUGAGCCACAUUGGCACUUCUACUCAAUGUGGACACUAUGUAGCUCACAUAUUCAAAGAGGGAAGGUGGAUCAUUUUCAAUGACUGUAAAGUUGCUGUUUCCACUGACCCUCCAAAGGAUAUGGGAUAUCUCUACUUCUUCGAGCGAACCAAUUGAACACGUGGAACAUCUGAGGUUGAGAAUGAUUUUACAGCUAACAAUUCAUGUUAGUUUGGUGAAUUUUGAGGGAUUAUCUGUACUAAGGACUUGAGAGCAGUCACAGAUUAGCCUAUACAUGGUGGAUAAAAAAUUGUUUGGAUUCCUUUGUGACAACCAUAUGUCUGAUAUUGGAGGCCACUUUUGUGACACUGUAUGGGCAAUCCGAGUCUUGAAAGCCUUGAAAAUUUUCAGAUAAUGAUAAUUAGGAGAAAAAUUGACAGUAUACCACAUUUCCUUAUUAAUUUUCACAAUUUUUUUGCAAA